CAUCACGUUUGCAUCACAGCAGCACUAGUGUCAGCAACACAUUUUUUAACAAACCAGCAUAUCGCACUACACGGCAUAUAACAACACAUUAAGAAUGACUCGUUUCUCGGCCAAUCGCGCACAUGCGGAAGAACGCGCUGAUAAAUUUACGGUUCUAUGCCGGUUAUGCGGCGGAGCGCAUAGCAUUCGACUAUGCCCCCUUUACCGUGGCAAAGCGGUCGAAGCAAGGCUGCGUGCAGUCCUGCUGCAUAAAUAUUGCCCAAACUGCCUCUCGCCGUUCCACCGCCUCGACAUGUGCAGCAGCACGGAUCGAUGCCACCGAUGUCGCGAAAAGCAUCACACCUCGCUCCAUCUCGAUGACUGCGAAGACCAAAGGCACCCAGCGAACGCGAUCAACGACGGCGAGAGCUCGGACGGGGCACUCUCUAUCGACGUUACGGAGCAGACGAAGUCGUGGGCGCAGCAGGUCGAAGAGGAGGAGUUGGAGGGGUUAGAGAGGACAGACUCUUCCACACAUGAGCGACAAAAGCGCAACUCUGGAACUGGCACACCGAGACCGUUAGACCAGUUACCACUACGCGCGGGCGACGCGGAAUCUCGUUCUUUCCGCUCGCCAACGCGUACACAACACAACUGGCGCGACGCGGAAACUCGUCCUUUCCGCUCGCAAACGCGUCAGCAAUACAACCGACGCGACGCGGAAACUCGUCCUUUCCACUCGCAAACGCGUCAACAACACAACUGGCGGCAACACGGCGGCGCGGAAACCAGUCCUUUCCGCCCGGCAUCACGAUCGCAACGCAAGCCAAAACGACGCGACGGCGCGGAAACUCGUACUUUCCGCUCGUCUAAGCGAUCGUCUAGGCUACGCAAAGCAGCACCAUACCACAAAACUCGCACAAACGACAGCAACAUUAAUUGUCAUGCCUUACAACGCGCUCCACCGAUCGGCUUCCGAACGGGCCGCCUAGUGCAUAGCGGGGAAGAUACGNGAAAAUACGGCAGCUCCGACCGCAUUACGACACAAGCAGUCGUGCUGGACCACCAUAUACGCCUGAGUCCACCGUCGAACCUGGACCCUAAGGUUGCGGCCCCCUUCCAGUACAUGCGAUUGGCGGAUCCGCAAUUCUUUCGCGCGUCACCAAUACGCCUCACACUAGGCCUCGAUUUGUAUGCGGAGAUGAUGGUGAGCGGGACCCCCCCGUCUACCGUGGGUGGCCUGCUGGUCCAGGCGACCAUAACCGCCAACCAUAAACGUAGAUAUUAAGAAAACAAAACCACACAUAUACACACCCUCAUCACACACACACACCUUAAAAUCUAAAUAAAAAAGUGCAUUGAAAUUCCAAACCACGUCUGUUUCAAUUAACGAUGUCCUUUUCUCCACAGCCCCAGCUGAGCCGGUCGCGACGAAAGCGUGGGCGAAUAAGCAGAUCCGCGCAGUACAAAAUCCGCGCUACAUAGUUGAAUAACAUAAGACUUUCCCCACGUGCGUGUGACGGUUGAGACGCGACUCCUUUUUUUCACAGCUUGCUUACCGCAAGGGUGCCGGUAUGUUUAGGUCCUCGACUUAAAUAUAUUGCGCCACCCUAAUACGCGUUUUGUCACUUCAUGUAAGAGCACACAAACACAUGUAUAAGUUUCGGCUAACUUUCCAGCCGCUAACAAUGAGCCCCACUGUACGGUAACUUAGUUGAAGGGAAACUUAACGAAAGUUACAGUGCGGUGGGCUACAUCCCUUUUCGUUUUGCUAGCAAUUUGUCACCUCUUAGAAGACAGCAAGGAGAUCACGUCAGCCAUCACACCACGUUCGGUAAGCCAACUCUUGUGUGCCACACUAUUCAAACUCAUAGAUAUUUACAAAUAAAACGACUUUUAAUUUCAUUGCACUAAAACCACUGUGUCUUUAAUUUACUCUUAUUUUCGUUACAUUAACUUUACACUGGUGCGCUCCAUCUUCGUGCGACGCCACCUGCGUAAAUAACCUGAAUUCAAUAAAAUUUAGGCGGUAGCUGUAAAAAGCUUUAUAUAAAUU